AUGUACUCACCCCAACGCCUUGGUGGAUAUGAGCGGAGUCUUGAGGGAGAGGAAGCCAUUGGACCUGGUCGGAGUGGGCUUAGCGGGCGGCUCGGACUCCAAGUCGGAGGAGCCCGACUUGCGCCGCCGGCAGCAGAAGAACACAGCCAGGAUGGAAGCGAAGAGAAGAGCGAGGGUACCAGUGACAAGUGCUAUUCCCACUAUCAGAUCCCCUUCCUCCAUCACCACCUGCAAUAA